UAGGGAAGUGGAAGGGACGAGCCACGCUGAACCCGGCUCUGCCGAGGGAAAAUGCGAGCCGGGUGGUUGCUGGCCGGUUUCUCCGUGCUCAGCCUCCUCACUCAAGGCUACCUGGCUGGGGCGACGGCAGAAGACUCUGAGGGACCGAACGGGACGGCCAAGUUGGAAGAAGACUCCCCUUUCCAGCCCCACCUCAUCUUCAUUCUGGCGGACGACCAGGGCUUCAGAGACGUUGGUUAUCACGGUUCAGAGAUCCGGACUCCUACUCUGGAUAAACUAGCCGCGGAAGGAGUUAAGCUAGAGAAUUACUAUGUCCAACCAAUGUGCACCCCGUCCAGAAGUCAGUUCAUCACGGGGAGGUAUCAAAUCCAUACAGGUCUUCAGCAUUCUGUCAUACGGCCCACCCAGCCAAACUGCCUGCCUUUGGACAAUGUGACACUGCCUCAAAAACUGAAAGAAGCAGGUUAUUCAACCCACAUGAUUGGCAAAUGGCACUUGGGCUUUUAUCGCAAAGAAUGUAUGCCAACUCAACGGGGGUUUGAUACCUUUUUUGGCUCUCUUUUGGGUAGUGGUGACUAUUACACUCAUUACAAAUGUGACAGCCCUCGAAUGUGUGGCUAUGACUUAUAUGAAAACGACAAUGCUGCUUGGGAUCACGACAAUGGAAUGUAUUCUACACAGAUGUACACUCAAAGAGUGGAACAAAUCUUAGCCUCCCAUAACCCCAGAGAACCUAUAUUCUUAUACCUUGCAUACCAAGCUGUUCACUCACCACUUCAGGCCCCGGGCAAGUAUUAUGAACGUUAUAGAUCAAUUAAUAAUAUCAAUCGGCGCAGAUACGCUGCUAUGCUGGCAUGCUUGGAUGAAGCUAUCAACAAUGUGACCCAUGCAUUAAAGCGAUAUGGUUAUUAUAGCAACAGUGUUAUAAUUUACUCUUCAGACAAUGGAGGCCAGCCAACAGCUGGUGGAAAUAACUGGCCUCUCAGAGGAAGCAAGGGUACUUACUGGGAGGGAGGGAUUCGAGCCAUUGGCUUUGUUCAUAGCCCUUUACUUAAAAUAAAGGGAAGUAUAUGCAAGGAGCUUAUACAUAUAACUGACUGGUUUCCAACACUUAUUACCUUAGCAGAAGGGCAGAUUGAUGAAGAUAUACAACUGGAUGGCUAUGAUGUGUGGGAGACCAUCAGUGAAGGCAGGCGGUCUCCAAGAAUAGAUAUUUUACACAAUAUUGAUCCCAUAUACACAAAAGCCAAAAAUGGUUCUUGGGCAGCUGGCUUUGGAAUAUGGAACACUGCCAUUCAGUCAGCCAUCCGUGUAAACCACUGGAAACUACUAACAGGAAAUCCAGGAUAUGGUGACUGGGUCCCUCCUCAAUCUUUUAGUAAUGUUGGCCCCAAUCGCUGGCACAAUGAACGGGUUUCAUGGACAGCUGGUAAAACUGUGUGGUUGUUCAAUAUCACGGCUGAUCCUUAUGAACGAGAGGAUCUUUCUAGGAAAUAUCCAAGUAUAGUCAAGCAGCUGCUGCGAAGGCUUUCCCAGUUCAAUAAGACAGCCGUUCCUGUUCGCUACCCACCUAAAGACCCCAGGAGCAACCCAAAUUUUAAUGGAGGAGUGUGGGGCCCAUGGUUUAAGGAGGAUAAAAACAAUAAGAUAUUAAAUAAAAACAAACUGGGUAAAAAACAAAAAACCAAGAAGAAAUCUAAUAGGCAGCAAGGACAUUCCUUGAAUUGCCUUAUAAAUCAAUGA